AUGUCUGCGCCCAUGAGACCGAACUCAGCGCCGACUUUACCGAGGCCGGAGGAAGCUCGGGACUCUUCAGUGGGUGAAGUGACUUUUCAAGGCCAGGCGAACUGUGGAAAACUUCAACUUCCAGGCAAACAUCAAUCAUCUAACGCAAACAUCAUUCCACACGAACUUCUACUCAGCCUUACCUCCACUGUCGGUAGCAAGAGUGGAAUGGGGCACACAGCACACCAUCGGCACUGCAAGGGUUGUGGAAUCAGACGACCAGAUGCAGUCUGGCAUCAUCCAAUUGGACGCAAGAAAUAUAACUACUUUCUGGAGCAGCCAACAUCCCUGACUGGAGCUGGCAGGGAUAUUUCGUUCUUGUGUGAUGCUGUGAUAACACAGAAGAAGACAACACCUCUCCCACCUGUGACUGAGAAGAACAUCACUGACAAACAGAACAUGAGUCUCCCAGAAAAUUUGAUCCCAGAAGAAUAUCGCAUGGUGAAAAACAAAGGGAUACAGAAACUUCAGUUCUAUGAGGAUGCAUUCACAGUACAACUGAAGGAUGAUGACCAGAAGCUCCGAGUCCUCCCUUCACUAAGGCCUAGUGGCAGGAUGGAAGCAGUCCAACUGAUGAGGAUGAUGGACGACAUGCUGGAGAAGGCCGGUGUUGAUAAGCCGAGUGAGGAGCUGACAGAACUCUCCCAACUGGAAGGCCUGCUUGAGCUGGUUAAGGUUGAGCAAAACAUCUACAACAUUGUUUUCCAUGAACUCAUCAGACAGGUGAGCGUCGGCUGCGCUGAGAGAGGACAGCUACUCGCUAAACUCAGACAGCGUUACCAGUCCCUGCUUGACCGAAUCCCACUCCAGCUGAAGGCUUUGCACACUGAGGCAGUAGCACAGCGCUCUCUGGAUCGCCAGCUCACUAAGGAGAUCCACCGUAUCAAGACAUCCAUUCAGGAACUGAACAUGGAGUUGUCCAAAAUCCGAGACCAUGAUGCCUUUGUUUCACAGCAGGCGGAACAUGCACAUCGACAGCUGGCAGAGUCCCUCAAGCAGACUCACACCAACUCAGAUGUGGUCCAGGGUUACCAUGAGCUGUAUGAGCUGCAGAGGGCGCGACUUGAGGCUCAGCUGCUCCAAAUGACCGAAGAGAGGGACUGCUGGAGCCAGUGUACCUUCUCCCUUGCACUCAAGGUGAUCAGUACUAAAAAACUGCAGCUGGUCAGUCAACUCCAUAUCAGUGAACAAAGCUGGUUCAAGUCAGCGGAACACUGUAUCCUGUACAUCACUUCAAAGAGUACAGAGGACCUGGAUAUUGUCAUGGGGCUUGCUGACAUCUGGAGACAGCAGUUUACGGCUUUCAUGUCCCAGCUUAAGGAGACUGAGCAUGCUAAAUGCUCUCAGAUUACUGCUAUCAAGCAAGGCAUCACCAGAUGGCUUUCCUUUUUUGCUGCACAGAAUAAGUCCCCUGAGCCAAAAUACGACAAACAUUCAAUGGAGGAGAUUCAUGAUGAUUUACUAAGUUGGUCAGAGUGUGAGUCCUACCAAGGUGAAAAACAGCUCUGCUGCCAACAGACACUUAGUGAACUUCGUAGUAUUCAGGAAAAAUGGAUUAAUAUGAGCUUUCAGCUGUUCAGAAGACACUUCUCUCCCGGUAGUGAGCUUCCUGGUGGCCAUCAGGUCCUAAAAGAACUGGACAGCCUCCUUUCAGAACUUCUCAAUCACCUGGAAUCACAGGUCACUGGAGAGAACGGGAUUCAUAAAAAAAUCACUUUGCUGAUUGACUUAAUGCAGUCAUGGGUGUCCAGAACUGAUGCAAUGAAUGGAUGGCCAGAAAACAUACCUGUGUCUGAAUGGCUGAAGCUGGAAAAAGCACUGCAGGAUUGCCAGAGUUUGUCUGAAGAGGCUUUACAUCACAUCUCUGUCAUACAGCCGGAGAACAAGACAGACGAGAACCAACUAUCUUCCGAAACAGAAAAGGUGUUGGAUAAAGUUCAGGAGUUCAUAACCAACUUGUCUAACUUCACUGAGGGUGAGAACCAGAGACUCCAUGAAGAGGUCAACUCGCUUCAGAAGGCUCAGACUCGUUGGAUGUUAGAUCUCUUACUCCUUAUGGUCCCUGACCAUAAUGAGGAACAGACUCAAGAGGAACUUCACUACAUGAAAGACAUCUCGCUGCAGACUCUGGAGGACGAUGGCCAGAUGAUUUCAAAGAACCUGGACAAUUUGUCUGGUCACAUCACCAGCUUAUGUAACCUGAUAAUGGAGGAACAGGUCACCCUGAACUUUCAAAAAGAUGAGCGUGAAAGUGGAAUGGCGGAGUGUAGUGCACUGCAGGCCGAGUCUGUUAACUGGGUGGAAAUCUAUAAAAUACUGCUCUCAGGGGUUAUAAGUGCUCAAGUGGAGCUCUCAAUCAAACAGGCUGUGCUCAGCCACAACAGCAGCGAUCCUGUUUGUCCUCCUGGCAAGACGGGGAAGGUAGCGAUUUUUGACAGCCCUGUUGUGAAGCUCAUAAACUAUGAUAGAAACAUCACACAGAGAAAACUGGAAGAAAGCAGUGUCCACCUGAAUGGGAUGGAUGCACUGGUUAUGUCUCCAGUGACAGAAGAAGCCCAGAAAGCUUAUAGUGAUCUGACUACAGUUGGAUUAUUACAACAAGAACUGCAUGACUCUGAGGUGCGAGUAAAGAUUGCUGAGCAGCGAGCCCUAAAAGCUGAGGAGGCCCUGCAUGCUGCCCUGGAGAAGAUUCAAGAUCUGGAGAGACAACGGCGCAAUCAUCCUACUCCGGACACCAAAAGUAGUGAAGAAAAUAGUUCUGCCUUCCACACAAAUGGUGACAACUCCAACUCCGACAAAGAAAUCAGCUGA